GCACCUUUUCGACCUCUAUAUAACUCCAUUUAUUUCCCUUCUCUUUCUCCAUAAUCCACUACUUCACUCUUCCUUUUCCUUAAAAUUGUCUUUCUUUCCUUUAUUAUUUUCUUCCAAAUUUAUUUUCCAAAAUGCAAGCCACCAAUAUUUUCCCUCUUCCUCAACCCUUUAUUCACAAACCCCACAUUUCUCCGUGUGUUACAUGCAAAAUUCUCAUCAACACUUCAAAGCAAAACACUACAACAACACUUCCUUCUUUAAGACAAAAACCACCUUUGCCAGAGAAAAAGAUUUUUCCAUUAAACCCGGUUGAGUAUGAACCGCCUAAAUUGAACCCUUUUCAGAAACUUGCUGCUUCUUUCUUGGACGUGGUGGAGAAAUUGGUUUUGACGGAAUGGGAAAAGAAUCACAAGCUGAACCGGACUGUUGACCCGGAAAUUCAGCUGCAAGGGAAUUAUGCACCGGUUCAAGAAUGUCCGGUUCAGCAUGGACUUGAAGUAGUAGGGCACAUUCCAUCAUCUUUGUAUGGUGUUUACGUAAGAAAUGGAGCUAACCCUUUAUUUAAACCGAUUAAAGGUUAUCACUUUUUUGACGGUGACGGCAUGAUUCAUGCCGUUACGUUGGGUUCAGGGAAUAAAGCUAGCUAUUCUUGCCGGUUCAUUCGCACAAACCGGUUGGUCCAAGAAGCAGAAUUAGGGAAACCGGUUUUUCCUAAACCGAUUGGUGAUUUGGAUGGCCAUUUGGGUUUAGCUCGGCUUGCUCUAUUGUUCGCCCGAGCUAGCUUCGGUUUAGUGGAUGUUUCAAAAGGAUCCGGUGUAGCUAACGCCGGUUUGGUUUAUUUUAACGGCCGGCUUUUAGCCAUGUCAGAAGAUGAUCUCCCGUACUGUGUGUCUAUUACAAAAGAUGGUGAUCUUGAAACAAAUGGCCGGUUCAAUUUUAACGGACAAAUUAACGAUCCGUUAAUUGCACAUCCUAAGGUGGACCCCGUAACAGGGGAGCUUUAUACCUUAAGUUACAAUUUGUUAAAAAAACCUUACCUCAAAUUCGACACGUGCGGUCGUAAGUCACGUGACAUCUCCAUUUCCCUCCAAAAACCCACCAUGAUACAUGACUUUGCCAUCACGGAAAAUCACGUGAUCAUCCCGGAUUAUCAAGUGGUAUUCGAGAUAUACGGGAUGAUUCGGGGCGGGUCGCCCAUGGUAUUCGUCCCAAAUAAAAUCUCUCAAUUCGGUGUGUUGUCGAAAGACGAUCACGACGAAUCGAGAAUCAGGUGGGUCGAAGUUCCCAAUUGUUUCUGCAUGCAUUUGUGGAAUGCAUGGGAAGAAGUUGAUGAACAUGAAGGUGCCACCGUUGUCAUUAUAGGUUCAUGCAUGAGUCCACCGGAAUCCAUUUUUUCGGAAAGUGAUGAUCCAUUAACAAGUGAAUUAUCCGAGAUCCGAUUAAACCUAAGAACGGGCAAAUCAACCCAACGGGUCAUAACAUCGGGUAUGAAUCUAGACGCAGGGCAAGUAAACAAGACUAGACUUGGUAGGAAAAUCCGGUACGCCUUCAUGGCUAUAGUUGAUCCAUGGCCAAAAUGUAAUGGCAUAGCAAAAGUCGAUUUGGUCACGGGAAAUGUUACAAAAUUCUUUUACGGAGAUGAACGAUUUGGUGGCGAACCUUAUUUCGUGCCAAGUAAAGGAGAAGAAGAAAAGGAAGAUGAAGGAUAUCUCAUGAGCUAUGUGAGAGAUGAGAGGAGAGAAAAAUCUGAAUUAGUUAUAAUAAAAGCUUCAAACAUGAAGCAAGUGGCUUCGGUAAAAUUGCCUCAAAGAGUGCCAUAUGGUUUUCAUGGUACAUUUGUUAGUUCACAGGAUUUAUACAAACAAAUUCCAUGCUAAUAUGAUUAAUAGUUUUAGUAUACAUAAUUGAUUACUUUUCAAGUA